AUGGACGUCAACGUUGACUACGAGGCGAUCAACAUAUACCGACAGCUCGGCAGUUCGGUUUCAACUUCCGGCAUGGACACCGCUCCCACUAGGAGUCUACGAGUGUAUUACCAAAAUACUAGAGGACUUUCUACCAAAUUGGACGACGUUUAUCUGGCUGUGCUUGAUGGCGAGUAUGAUGUUUAUGUGUUCACCGAAACCUGGCUUGAUGGGAGAAUCAACUCACUCCAACUUUUCGGUGACAACUUCGUCGUUUAUAGAGUGGAUCGCAGUAUAUCUAAUAGCUCUCGCGUGCGUGGUGGCGGUGUUCUAGUUGCUGUUUCCAAUGAGCUUAUUUCCUGCCAGAUCGCUGUCGGACAAUUCAAUUCAAUUGAGACUGUUUGGGCCAAAAUAAGUCUCUCUAGACGCAGCAUUUUCAUCGGUGCCUCGUACAUUCCUCCCGACCGACGACAUGAUUGCAGUGUAAUACAACUUCAUCUUGGUGCUACAGAAUUUGCCUCUGCUUUGGCCUUAUCAUCGGAUGUGGUUCUUCUGCUUGGAGACUUCAAUCAACCCGGACUUGUCUGGUCUCUCUCGCACCAUGGAUAUACGUUUCCUGAUCCGCUUUCGUCUACAACUACACCUGCUAGUCGCCAACUAGUCGAUGGAAUUGCUUUUCUUGGACUCAGCCAAAUCAAUAGGAUUUCCAACUUUCAAUCAAACAUGCUCGACUUGGUGUUUAUCAAUGAUUAUUCACUGCAUGAAUGCACUGUCCUUGAGGCUCCGGACGCCGUUGUGCCACUUGACAACUAUCAUCCUGCGUUGGAUAUAUCUAUUGACAACAGAUUUAAUCUACGUUUCGAUGGACCUGUGAGUGACGACCGACUCAAUUUUCGCAAAACCGAUUUUCAACAGCUCCGACAAUGCUUGUCCCGUAUUGACUGGAAUGUUUUAGACCGCCUGGACAUCGAAUCAGCUGUAGACCGCUUCAACUGUCUGCUACGUGACUCCGUUUCAGCCACUGUACCGAAGCGAAAGCCUCCGAGGAAACCACCGUGGACUAAUGCUCUAUUACGCAACCUGAAAAGAGUGCGCGCUAGAGCUCUUCGCGCUUAUACUUAUCGACGGUGUGCCUUCACUAAACGGAACUUCAACAUUGCCAGCAAUGAUUAUCGGCAGUAUAAUAAACUUCGUUACAAACAUUAUGUUCAUCUCACGCAACAAAAUCUCCGACGACACCCUAAGAAGUUUUGGUCUUUCGUGAAUUCUAAAAGGAAGGAAACUGGACUGCCAUCAAGUGUUUUUCUCGAUAACGACAUUGCGCUGAAUACUGAGGAGAAAUGCAGCCUUUUCGCUAAACACUUCUCAAGUGUAUUCUCGAGCUAUUCGCCUUCUCAGGAUGACACUGAUAGAGCUGUGAGUGGAGUACCUAGUAAUGUAGUGGAUGUGGACGUCUUUGAUAUAGACGUUCAAAUGGUUCUGUCAGCGAUAAGUCAGAUUAAAUCAUCAUUUUCUCCUGGACCUAGCGUUCUUCCAUCGGCCGUGCUGAAGAAAUGCUCUGAUAUUCUAGCUGUUCCACUUUGUCUACUAUUCAACCUAUCACUCCAGCAGACCCCUUGCCAAAAGGAAGUCUCAGAUGUGGAAGGAAAGAGAAAAAAGUUGAAACCGCAGAAAAAGCCAGCACAGGCCAAAACCAAAGACUAUGAAGCUAUGUUUGCAGCUAUCCAACAAUCAUCCAAUGAGAGUCGACAACAUAGCCUGAAAUCUUCUGUAUGCGCUUCACUUGCAUCGGAAAUAGGAUGUCAGGAAACGGAUGAUCCUUCCAGAGAAGACGUACAAAUGAAUGUACAACGGAUUCCGAAGGAAACGGUAAUGACAUCACAGCCAAUACUCACUGGUUCUCAGAUGACACAACCGAUACAAGCUCAACCCCAAGUAAUAAAACUGGGCCCUGUAAUACUGCCAGCACCAUCCAGCAAAUUUUUAUCACAGCAACAAUUCAACAAUCAACAGUCGUCCCCAUCAAUGGUAACUCAUGAGACUACCGGAGGAAUUGUAGGAGCCCAAGUGCUGCCUUAUCAAACAGUCGUGCAAACAUCUGCUGAUGCAACAAUGUUCAACCACCCACCCACGUAG